UCUCAAAAUAAACAUUUAAAAAAAGCAUCUGAAAGAUAAUUUCCACAAGUGUUUUUAAGAGUUAUUGAUAAACCUGAAGAAAUUUAGCAUCGAGUGUAGACCUCAGUUUUUCCAUAGACAAUUUGAGUUAUUCCAGUUGAGUCACUCAAGGUGAGGAUGAAUUGUUCAGUGCUCCCCUCAGGCUAAUGGCCUGAGUGACCUGAGUUGAGGGCAGAUGGUGAGAGAUACAUGGAAGCAGUUUGAAGAGAAGCACAGAGAAUGUUGGUUCAGUUUAUAUGGUGGAAAUGGUCCAUUCAGCCAGAAAGUAGCAGGCUAGUUGUGCAAAUUAAUCAGAAAGUUUUGCAUGUAGAUAAUGAUAGCUGUGAGAGAUUUUUUAGGAAGCUAGGAUCCUGGAGAAAGGUAAACAGUGCUGGGUUCUAUAGGAUGGCUGGAGAAAGCAUAGUCCAAAGUUGAAACUGGGCAUUCAAUCCGGAGCUUAACAAAAUAUGAUAGUGUUGUCCAGGGUCAGAAGAAAGAGUGAUUAAGGUUGGACUCUAAGAUAACUUUGGAACUGAAAAACCCGAGUAUUGUGUUAUGAUGAAUUCCUAAAAUCUGUACACCUAUUAAUUGCAGGACUGAAGUUUAUAGCUGAUACUUCUUUCCUGCUGGUCAAGCUGCUGUGCUCAAGUUGUGAGAGAAUGGUCAUUAUUGAGGAAAUAAAGGUCAAGUUCAAAGGGGAAAAACUCCAGAUCCCUGGGCUGACAGCCCAGAGGGUAGGUGCCGAUUCCACCAGCACCGCCACUGGAAAGCAAGGUUCAGAAUGUCAGAUAUCCUCCGGGAGCUGCUCCGUGUCUCUGAGAAAGCUGCCAACAUCGCCCGGGCAUGCAGGCAGCAGGAAGCCCUCUUCCAGCUGCUGAUAGAAGAAAAGAAAGAGGGAGAAAAGAACAAGAAGUUUGCAGUUGAUUUCAAGACCCUGGCUGAUGUACUGGUACAGGAAGUUAUAAAACAGAAUAUGGAGAACAAGUUUCCAGGCUUGGGAAAAAACAUUUUGGGAGAAGAAUCCAAUGAGUUUACUAAUGAUUUGGGGGAAAAGAUUAUCUUGAGACUGUGUCCAACAGAGGAAGAAACAGUAGAGCUUCUUAGCAAAGUCCUUAAUGGUAACAAGUUGGCGUCUGAAGCAUUAGCCAAGGUUGUCCAUCAGGAUGUCACUUUUACUGACCCAACUCUGGAUUCAAUAGAGAUCAGCAUUCCACAGGACAUUUUGGGAAUCUGGGUGGAUCCCAUAGAUUCAACUUAUCAGUAUAUAAAAGGUUCUGCUGACAUUAAAUCCAACCAAGGAAUCUUCCCCAGUGGACUUCAGUGUGUCACCAUUUUAAUCGGUGUCUAUGACCUACAGACAGGAGUGCCCCUAAUGGGAGUCAUCAACCAACCUUUUGUAUCACAAGAUCUAAACACACUCAGGUGGAAAGGACAGUGCUACUGGGGCCUUUCAUACAUGGAUACCAACAUCCAUUCACUUCAGUGUCUUGACUCUACAAGAAAGAACAGUGAAGCACGGAGCCAAAUGACUGAAAACACCAGCUCUGAGGCGGAACGCUCCCACCCGUUUUCAGCGGUCAUUAGUACGAGUGAAAAGGACACUAUCAAAGCCGCAUUGUCACGUGUAUGUGGCGAGCGCAUAUUCCGGGCAGCCGGGGCUGGUUACAAGAGCCUUUGUGUUGUCCAAGGCCUUGUUGACAUUUACAUCUUUUCAGAGGAUACCACGUUCAAGUGGGACUCUUGUGCGGCUCAUGCCAUACUCAGGGCCAUGGGUGGGGGAAUGGUAGACUUAAGAGAAUGCCUGCAAAGAAAUUCAGAAAUGGGGCUUGAUUUGCCACAGCUGGUGUACCACGUGGAAAACGAAGGUGCUGCUGGCGUGGAUCGGUGGGCCAACAAGGGAGGACUGAUUGCAUACAGAUCAAGGAAGCAACUGGAGACAUUCCUGAGCCUCCUUAUCCAAAACCUUGAGCCUGUGGAUACAUGCACGUAGAUGAACUCUGUUCUCAUGUACUUGAAAACCCAACUGUGAACAAUUUCCCACAUCUCUUAUCUUUUGAAGACAGCUUUGUCCUAUGGAUGGUCAACGUCCUCCUUCCUCUUUUGAGGAGCAUUUUUCCAUUAUGUGUUCAUAAUAACGAUAAUUUCAAUAAAUGAAUGACAUCAUGUAGCAGUUACA